AUGGGAACUCUGCUUCAAGGAGGCAAGACAGCUCCUAGGCUUCUUCAAGACCUUGUCAGCUAUAACCCGCAGUUCCAAUCCGUCGGUGGACACAAUGAUCUGACGGAUAAAUUGUCGACACCGUUGGAUAAUCAAGCCCAAUCAAAGGCCCGUGCUGAAAAAGCGAUUUCUCAAAACCCUGAAAAAUUCCAAGGGCACGCUCCACCAACACCAGGAACAGUUCUUGAAAAACUUGCGCAUCUCAUCAACAGAGCUCUGAAUGGGCAGGAUAAUAUACCCUACCCGAGGGACACCAAAAGUUGGUUACUGAACUUUGCGUCUACUAAGAAUGCGCCUUUUACCGAUCCCCAACGCAUGCUACUGGACGAUGUUCGAGAGGAGCUAAAUGUCCUCAUGUUAGGUAGGCCCGAUGAUGAACGCAGGAGAGCGAAUUUCAACUUCACACCGAACUAUGCCGACAGGACUAUGAGGCUUUUUUUUGGGUGCGACCAUUACAAGGAAGUCACGAAGAGCAAAAGUGUAGAUCUUACAGCAGCUGAGCACCCAUCCUACGCCGGACUGGGUUCUGUAGCGGAUUUUCAUGACAACCUGAUUUCUUUCGCUUACGAGAUCCAAAUAAAUACUGAUCCGUCUAACAUUUCAUACUACCUAGAGUGCUUGCAGCUCAUAGCUGAGGGUCGAGCUAGUGAUGAGCUCUCCACUAAAGCUGCGAUCGAGGCGUCUCAAGGACGGAUCAGCCUACGAGACGUUCGUGGAGCCUAUCAGCACUUAGGUCUAGAUCUCAAUGACCAAACCCUAGCAGAUGAUACAGUUAUUGGCACCUUUCAAGCUCGGUUAUCGGAUGCUCUUAAGCAAGAGGUUGAAUUACGACAGGAUCUACGCAUCAUUGGGCAGCACCGCUCAAGUCAUAAAAUACAGAGCGUGGCAGCACAGACUGUAAGCACGUAUGAACAAGCGUUGAACUUCCUUGCUGCGGGUGACGAAAUGAACGACGAAUUUAUUACCUCGAUGUUCACGGUUAAACUCGAAGAAAGGCCGAGUGAAGAAGCAACCGCACGUCAAGCAGUCGCUCUGAUAGCAAAUCACAGGAAAAGCCGGGCUUUAAAGCACUGGCUUGACACGGGAAAUCUUGGUGAAGUCGAAAUGCAUAUAGGUCAGGCAUACGCCAGGUUAGACAUCACGGAUCGUACCAUGGAAGAUGAAAUGGUAGUCACUGUUUACAAUCUUCAUGCGGAAGAACAACCCUCUCAAGCGGAGGAGCUGAAACGAGCUCUUGCCACCAUAGCAAAAGAACGCAAUUCUAAAAUUCUACUGGAACGUUCCGGUCUCGACAGUGAAGGAUCUCUGUAUCCUCUUGGUGAAUGGCCUGUUGCACUCAAUAACAUUGGAAACACCUGCUAUCUGAACAGUCUCUUACAAUUUUACUUUUCGAUCAAACCUUUUAGGGACAUUGUGCUGGAUAUUGACGAGCUCAAGACUUUAACGAAUGACAGCACACUCAGGUCAAAACGUGUUGGAGGGCGAAUUGUAACUAGGAGAGAGGUAGAUCGUGCUCAACGACUUGCCGAAGAAUUGAAGAAACUUUUUCGAAAUUUGAUAACCUCUCCGACGUAUACAAUUCGGCCUGAUACUGAGGUUGCUCGUCUCACUCUGCAUACCCCAAAAGUGGAAAUUGCUCGAAGACAGUCAAUCAGGAAAUCCAUGAAUGGAGGCGAGCGACCAAAUUUCUCUGACUCGUUAGGAAAAAUUGAUGCGUCUGAUGACGCUGUAAUGAGCGACGGUCAAUCCGACGUUGCAGCCACGGCAUACGGCCUGCCUGAUCAAGCAAGCAACAACUCAAGUGACACACUAGUUGAUGCACCGGUCUCUAUGGAGAGCGCAGUGACACGAGAAAAUAUCACGGAAAAUCCAACUUCCGCCUCUCAGAAUGAUGCAGAGCCGUCGGCACAGGAUAGUGCCAACGACGAACCUGCAACAAGCCGUGAGUAUGCCCAACUCUUCCCUGAGAUUGAUCGAGAGGAUUUAAAGGAGAACGCUGUGAAUCGUCCGCCCAACCAUCCACCUCCAGUGCCUCCUCGGCCGAGAGCUUCUACGGACUCUAAUGAGGCUGUCAAGGAAGCAGAGUUCGCUGCUCAGCAACAGGACGUGAAUGAGAUCGCGUAUAAUGUGUUGAACCAGAUGCAGUGCGCGAUAAAACCGCUCUCUACCGAUGAAAGUGGCGAACAACUGGACCAAGUAAAGGAGUUGUUUUACGGUAAACAGAAGACCCAUAUCACCAGCCGAUCAGGCACUAUGAGAACUAAAGAAGAGUAUAUGUCCGACAUCAAGGUCAACGUGCAAGGAGGCUUUUCCGAUAUCUAUGCAGCUCUUGAUGGUGCCUUUGAUGUCGAGGAUGUUGCGACUGCCGACGGCAUAGAGCCAAAAUACUAUACCAUCAGCCGCCUGCCACCUAUCCUUCAAAUUCACAUUCAGCGAAGCCAGUACGAUCCCCAGUCCAAGAAACAAUUCAAAUCGGAAAAUCAUCUAGAUUUUAAAGAGGUUAUCUACAUGGAUCGUUACAUGGAUUCCCAGGACAAAGAUUUCAUCCGCCGACGAGAGGAGUCUUGGGCAUGGAAGCGACGACUCAGUGCGCUUGAAACCCGUAAGGCUCAAUUGAGCGCUCCAGAAAUAGAGAUGAACAUGCCUGACGUCCUUGAUUGCGCUGGAGCUUACCUUCGACAGCUUGAGACGAUAGAUGGACUGCAUAGCGUCCACGUGCCGCCCAACUUAUUCGAAAAUAUUGGAAAAGCUACCAGGGACGCAGAUCUGGAGCUUCGGGAACUUCAUACCUCUAUCAAGGAUCUGAAGACGAGCAUAAUGACACAAUUUGAUGACUUGCGUCGAAUUCCAUAUAGAUUAGCAGCGGUUUUCAUGCACCGCGGUUCAAGCAAUGCGGGCCACUAUUGGAUCUACAUCUACGAUUUUCAAGCGAAAUUCUGGCGCAACUAUAAUGAUGAGCGUGUCACGAAAGUGACGGACAUUUCUGAGAUUUUUGAAGCCCCCACUGGUCAACGUCCGCCUACCCCUUACUUCCUUGUGUACGUCAAAGACCAGUUGAGAGAGUCGCUCAUCACUCCCGUUCUACGAGAUAUCUCUGAGCCAUCCCAUGAGAUAGUAAAAGAUGUUGCAAUGGAUGACUACGAGCCCAUCGACCUUGAUUCACAAAUGGAAAUGACAUAUACAAAUACAGCGGCGAUCAAACCCACUACCGGUCCAACGGGCAAGGAUCAAUGGCAAAGAAAAAAACAAACGAAAGACGAAGCUCGCGUAGCUAAGAUGGCCAAGCUUGACCCCAGCAAUUUCAAAAGUGCUAAAGAUGUAUUGGACGAGCAGCAGGCAGCGCAGCGCAAGAGGAAGCGAGAGGAGGAGGGGGAACUGCCUGGAAACGAGACAGCUGGAGUCGAGAAGUCUGCAGACAUAGCCAGCGAUCGAAAGAGAACAUCUAAAAAACAGAAGCGUGAAGAGAAGGGUGACAACACAGUCUUCAGAAACAAUCAGACGCCACAAAAGAGUCCUGGAACUGCAAAGGCGAGCAAAAGCGAAAUCAAACGCAAGGAGAAGGCAGAAAAAAGGAAGCAUAAACACGAGAUGAAGAAAGAGAAGGUGGAAAAGAGAGGCCUUAAAAAACAAGCCAAGGAGGAAAUGGUCAAAGAAAAGAUCAGGAAUUCAGACACGAUUAACAGCAGCGAGUUAGACAAUGUGCCGGAAGACGGGGUUGAGCUUGAAGGAUUGGAUCUGGAACGAGAAGAGUCAGAAACUCAACACCAAGCAUCAAUGACUGCCUCUCCUUCGCCACGCCACUCUCCAGCUUUCGAUGUCGGUUCGGGCUCGUCGUCUAUUACGUCGAUUGCGCCUUCCACAAAAUCACCCGAGACGAUGGUUCGGGAAUCAAAAGUCGAGAAAGAGCAAAAAUCUUCGAAUGCUCUCCAAAUUGAGACUCGACCGGCAAACGAUAGCUCGAGGAUUAAUUCUAUAUCUGCUGACGUUGCCAAUCCGAGCCAGGAAGAAUUGAAACUACGUUUACAAUCACGUAUUGAAGCUCUCCGUGCUGCUCGAAAAGCGGAUGGUCCCGACGGCACGCCCGUGCGUAGCCGCCAAGAACUUCUAGAUGGUCGUCGUCGUGCAGAGGAGGCGAGAAAAGCUCAGAGGAAGGAGCUGAGAAGGAAGGCAAAGGAAGAAGAGGCUCGGCUAAGGGCUGAGACUUUGGCUCGAGGCUCCCCCCUUUUGUCGCCAGGCUCGCCUAUGUCACCAUCUUAUGUCCCGCCACCCAGCAACCUUUCUUUUGGUCGAGUAGAUUUUGGAGACGGACUAAGGGUUUCCGCCGAUCUGAACAUCAUCACAGAAUCGAAUUCUAGACCGAAAGGACCUCCCGAUCCCGCUACUGCCCUCAUAGCAGCUCAAAAGAGGCAAUCUCGAUUAGCCGGUCUUGAUUCGGAGAAACAAGCGGACAUCGCGGAGAAAGAUUCAUGGCUCAACGCCAAAAAGCGAGCUCACGGGGAGAAACUCCGCGACGACACUAAUUUGUUAAAAAAAACGUUGAAGCGAAAGCAGAAGCAGAAGAAAAAGAGCGAGCAAGAAUGGCAGGAGAGGCUUGAAGGGAUCAAGAAAGGACAGGAGAUGCGACAAAAGAAACGAGAGGCAAAUUUAGCAAAACGGAAGGAUGAGAAAGGCGGGAAAGGAAAGAAGAGCAAGGGGUCCAAAGCUCGACCAGGCUUUGAGGGUUCAUUCAGGGCGAAGGCGCCCAGCGGUGACAAGAAGAGGAAAGGAGGUUAG